AUGGAAGGAGGAGAAGAUGGAGAGGGAGAGGUACUUGGAGGAGAGAGAGAGAGAGAGAGAGAGAGAGAGAGGGGGUUGUUGCAGACGGUGCAGGAGAAGUUCUUGGAGGAGGAGAUGGAGAAGUUGUUGCAAAUGCUGCAGGAAAAGUUCUCGGAGGAGGAGAAGGAGAAGUUGUUGAAAACAGUACGGGAGAGUGUCCAGAAGAAGCAAGAGGAGCGAGAGAGAAUGAAUAAGGAGAAGAUGUUCGAGAAGUGUACUCGUGAUGUUCUUGAGAAAUUGAGUUCGUUGGGUAUAUUCAGCCACACAGAUUCAAAUCAGAUGGAAAUUUGA